AAAGUACAUGCAUGCCAAGUAUCUCAUUGCCAAAGAAAAUUCAAGCGACUAGAGCAUCUCAAACGCCAUAUGCGCACUCAUACCAUGGAAAGACCAUUCACCUGUUCAAUCGAAGGGUGUAAUAAGUCAUUUUCACGAUCAGACAACCUUUCCCAGCACAUCAAAACACAUCAGAGG